ACGAGUUGCACUAUACGCAAGCGCAACCUUUAUGCCUGUUUCACCCUCGGCGCCGCCGCCGCCACCUGUUGCGUAACGCGGACGCCAGGGUGGCGUAUAAGAGGCGGCAGUGCUCGUGGUCGGAGCCAGUGCGCCAGUUCCGUACGCCGCCGCCGCCAUGUUGAAGCAGAUCCUGGUCGCUUUGCUCGCCGCCUUCGCGCUGGCUUCCACCGUGCAGGCGGACGAGUUGGAAGACAUGAAGAAGAUGCUGCAUGAAACAUGCCAAAAAGAAAUUAAAGCCGACGAAGGCUUGAUCGGGAGAGCACAGAAAGGAGAUUUCGUGGAAGACCCUAAACUCAAGGAUUACAUGAAGUGCGUUUUCACGCAACUGGCUGUGAUGAACGAGGCCGGUGAGAUGGACUAUGACAUGAUGAUGUCAAUGAUGCCCGACGAAAUCAAGGUCCAAGGCCAGAAGGUGGUGGCCGACUGCAGGGGAACGACUGGGGAAACUCCUGGUGACGUGGCUAUGAAUUUCAACAAAUGUUUCUUCAAGUCCCAGCCAUCCAUAUACUUCUUGAUUUGAAGAGAUCAUCACAAGCAGAAACUACGUAGUUGUGUGAACUUCUUUCAUUGCUAUACAUAAAGAAUGCUCUUUAUCAACUUAAGUGUUGUUUUUAACGUAAAUGAAUAUUUUAUUUUGUAACAUAACAAAAGAAACGUGAAAACGCAAUUGUGUAGAACGUCUUUAAAUCACUUCCCUAACUAAAACAAAUGUAUUCAUAAACUUUCACUGCACGAGUUAGUUUAGAAUAAAAAUUUUGAAGUGGAAA